AUGGUGAACACACGGGGCAAACAGAACGUGGAAAAUUCAUGGAACCGACACAUGCGAGGCACAGAAAGCCUGUGGUACUACGGAACAGAAAAGUUCCGCGCCAUUGCAUUUGACGCCCAGAGAUAUUUUGACGUGAGUCCGAGUGACCAACGAGGCACCCCCAUCUUCGUGUCCGUCGAAACUGUGCUCGGCUUGGGAUUCUCCCUGAUAGGUAACGAGAGCAAGGACGACUAUCACAAUGAAGGAAAUGGGAAUGAGAACAAAGUCUCUGAGUGGACUGAUGAGGAGCUCAUUGAAGGAACUCCCACGGACUGGAAAAUGUCCGAAAAUAACAAAACAACAGGGGUCGUGAUUAAUAUCAGGUUAAAAAAUGGCACCUCAAGCACUUGUCGCAUAAAGGUGCAUGUCUACCCGAAAGCGCCGGACUCCUGGACCGCGUAUGUUCGCAAAGUCCUAUCCUUGGGUGGCGGAAAGACCUUCAAGCCGACGCGUCAAUGCGAUAUGCCUCUGAAGUGGCCGUUGCUCGUGAAACCAUUAGAAAAGCGCCAAAAUCUGAUACAGUCAAGAUUUGGCCUUACGGUCAACGAGUUUUUCCGGCAUUUGAUAGCAGAGGCAAAUACAGCCAACGCCGAGAGCAAAAAGACUGCCGGCAUGCAAAAUACCACCUAUGGACAGUGGACGUUGCAGCUCUAUGACGACUCGUCAACGCAAAACUACAAGAUGAUGUCGGUAGACCCUUUCCAGCUCUACUCGACUUGGAUACACGAAGAUGACUGGCACUCGUACAUGACGAUGCUGUCGGAAACUGAAAAAAAUCCCAUCCGAAAGUUCAUAUCCCUCAAGAACAUAAACGCCUGCAACACCUUGAAUGAUCUCAUGCUCAAGGUGGGUGAGCGAGACCUCAAGAUCCAGGGCGACUUGUCUCCUAAAGAACGAGAGGCUUGUGGCCUCAAGCCGGAGCAAGAGGCAUACGAUAAGGCCGCUCUGAACGGGUUCAACAGACGGAAGAUAUCCGAGGCCCUCAAGCAAAAGCGACUCCAGGGGAUUAACUCCCAGAUCAAGAGAUACAACUUUUACAACGGCCAGACCACUAUUGAAGUCGUGUUAGAGGCCUCCAAGAUGGAAUCUGCUUCUGGCAAGCGCCCCUCCCAGCUCACUCAGGCCGUAGUCAUGGGAGGUGUUUCGGCAAGCGAUAUAGCGACAGGCUUAGACUGGGAAAAGGGACGCCUGGCAUCUGGUUUCUAUUCCAGCGAGUGGCUACAUCUGUCUGCAUUCUCCUGGGGCGGUUUCCUGCCAGCAGGCGCAAAGUCUGGGUUCUCGACAAGCCAGAACUUGGAGAAUCUGAUAUUUGGUACAUCCGAAACCAACUCCCUCAUGACAAGGUAA